UAUUGGUUACGUUUUUUAUUUACGUUCCAACAUCAUCGGCAUCACUCAUUCACUUGUUCUGUAAAAAUAACAUUUUUUUAUUGAAUAUUGACUCAAAAGUGAUGUCAGAAAACAAUCGCAAUUAUCACCAUCGAUUGAUUGAUUACAAACACAUCUCUCAGACAUCCAGCGCUGACAAUGGUCGAUUCCAAAAUACGAUUGUUUACUCUCAUUGUCUCAUUGAUCGACAAGCGACAGCUCCGAACGGUCCUUUCAGUUUUUUACUAUUAACGAGUGUGGAUACGUUUCUUUUCAAUGAAAAAUUUCAUAUAAAAUUAAUACACCAAAAUCUAAAUAGUCCUAUCACAAGAUAAUAUAAAAUGACAUUAAAAGUUUAAAAUCAAACUCGUUCGAGAAUGGAUAAAAAUCUUUUAUUAUAUUUUACAAUAUUAAUAACAGUGGAGUGUUCAAAAAAUUUAGGCAAAGUCUGUGAUUUGGUAACUGACGAUUUACUAAAGCAGUGUUACAUUAGAGAGACUUUAGUAUCGAUUAGUCAUAGUCCAAACCAAUUGGCUGUGAAUAAGAACACCAACACGGUAUACUUCAGUUUUGAUUCCGGACAAGGAGAGUAUAUACCUGCAGCAGUUCAAAUAGAAUCUAAAAAGGUGACUGUACUGAAAGGUGUAAAAGAUGCCUUCGCUGUUACAAACGAUCCUUUAAUAAGUGAGAUGUAUUUCGGAGGCAGUAAUGGUAUAUACAAGUACAAUCCAGCUCAGCAAACUUUAAAGCGGUUAGCUGUGAAGAAUUUAGAUAUUUGGUGGUUAUUUUUCAAGAAGAUAAUCUAUUUCAUUAGAUUUCCAAGUUUAAAUGCAUAUUGCUAUCAUGACAGACUUGUUAAGCCUGUUACACCAUUAACUAACGUGACUGUAAAUCAAUUUGUUUUUGAUAAUGACGAUAAUAUAUUUUUCAUUAAUGGUACUGGUUUAUUUGGUAUAAAAAAUGGUCAGAGUGAUAUUAUCUUGUUAAGAGACAGUCCUCGCUUCCUUGGUAUGGCUGCUAAUAAUAAAGGCCAUGUGUAUUUGUGCAGUGAAAAUGAAAUAUUUGUUAUAAGUAAGAUGAUUCAGAAAGUAAAGAAGAUUGUUAAUAUCCCAGGUGUGUUGGGAAUGACUUUUGAUAAAGAUAAUAAUUUAAUAUAUUCAGAUUCUCGUGAGAUUGUAAGAUUGUUGCCUAUAUCUAACAGUUAUCUUAAAUUGUAAAUAAAUGAAUUGCAAAUGAGUAAAUACUUUAACCAUUAAAUGCAAGAUGUUGCAUUUAUACAUCAUUCUUUUCUCCCUUACCCAAUAGACUACUUUGAAAAAUCAUUUUUCUCUUUUUUUUAAUCUAUGUCCAAUUUACUAGCCAGUUUCAAUUUAUGAUAUUUAAAACGAAAAAAAUCGUACAUUUAAGGGUUAAUGUGAAAGACUUUUGACGUCAUAUUAUUCUUUAGAACGCACCUUUUUACUAAACUGUCGCACAUCUGAUCAGUCUCGUUUUUAUUCCUAUGAGUUUACAUGGAGGUGAUCACUACUGGAUUUUUAGUUGUGUCACUAAACAGUU